AUGUUGCCAAGGCGAAAGGCAGGCCUGGCCACGUCUUCGCUUUCGCCAAAGUCAGCUCUGGCAGGUGUCUCCGCAUCUGAGGUCGAAAGUUUGCCAUACCCGCCGGAUGUCUUGCCUGGUGGGAGGGAUGUCCCCACUUCGUAUGGUUCUAUCCGAGUCUUUGAAUGGGGGCCCGAAAACGGUCAGCAGGUCCUCCUUGUCCAUGGAAUCAGCACUCCUGCGAUAGCCCUUGGUGACCUUGCGCAUGAGCUUGUCGGCCGGGGCUACAGGGUGAUGCUCUUUGACCUCUUUGGCCGAGGAUACUCAGAUGCGCCCAACGACCUCCCGUACGACGUGAGACUCUACGUGACGCAAAUUCUGCUCGUCGUAGCCUCCUCUCGUAUUUCAUGGACCCAUUUCCAUCUUGUCGGAUAUUCCCUUGGCGGGUGUCUCAGUGUGUCGUUCGCAAGAUACUUCCCGCAUCGUUUGGCGUCCUUGAACCUCAUCGCUGGAGGCGGGCUCAUUCGCCCGUAUCAUGUGGGAUGGAAGAGCAAGCUGCUGUAUAACUCGGGGUUGCUGCCCGAAUGGUUGGUACGGUACCUGGUGAAGAGACGGAACCGCCCUGUCGAAAAGCUCCCGAUAGCCGCGAGCCCAACUGACAUCGUCGCGGCCGAAAGCAAGAUGCAACCAGGCAACGGCGAUGCCAGUGGGGGAACGGGGUUCGACGCGGCUUCGAUAUCGAAAUACAGACCAGGCGUCACAGUGUCGUCUGUCGUCGCCUGGCAGCUGGAUCACCACCUCGGUUUCGUCAAUGCGUUCUUGAGCACGAUCAGGACGGCUCACAUCUAUUCUCCGCAGGCUGACUGGAGAGUUUUGGGUUCAAUCCUCGCCGCACGAAGACGGAGUUCUGCGGACGGGACAAUCCUAGCACCCGGGCUGGAGAAGGGCAAAGUUCUGCUCGUCCUCGGGUCUGAUGACCCAGUUAUAGUUUCAGAUGAGACGAUACCAGACGCCAAGGAAGUGCUGGGAGAGGAUGCUGUUGAGUGUGUAGUCCUGACCGGUGGCCAUGAGAUACCAAUCACGAUGAGCACCGAAGUUGCGUCUGUUUUGGACGCCUUUUGGACGGCCGAUAAGGAACUUGAGGUACAAGGAUGA